AUGCAAAGAUUCUCCAGGACUACUGUCGGGCCCAAGAGCACUCGUUGCUUUACUACAAGCAAGAACGAGAUUAGACGUUCAUACCUCUAUGUGCCCUCAUCCUCGGACAAAUUACUGGAAAAGUCACUGACUGUUAAGUCUGAUAUUAUCAUCUACGACCUGGAGGAUAGUGUAUCUCCUGCACCUGCAGACAAGAAAGAUGCAAGGGAUAGACUGCGUACCUUCUUGAAGCGAAAGGACGUCCCACAGGCAGAGCGAGUCGCGAUCCGACUAAACGAUAUCAGCACUCCCUUCUUCCAGCAAGACAUUACGCACAUUCUCCAAUCCCCAUCUGUGCGGACCUUGAUAUUACCAAAGAUCCACUCCGCACAAGACCUCCACUAUGUAUCGCGACAUAUUCACCAAAUCUCUCAGAAGCAUCCUCACGAGACUCCUUUACGGAUUGUUCCCAGCAUCGAAAGUGCUAGGGCUCUAUGGAAUCUUGGGGCUAUUGCGGGUUGGCAAUCAGAACAUGGCGCGUUACAAGGCGGCGCCGUGAGCGGAUUACUUUUUGCAGCUGAAGAUUACUGUGCGGACACGUCCAUCAUCCGAACACGCUCGCGGCAGGAACUGCUAUACACUCGUUCUCAAAUUGCAAUCGCAGCAAAGGCUUUCGGUCUAGAGGCCAUCGACAUGGUUUGUAUACACUACAAAGAUCUUGAAUACCUGAAAGACGAAUGUGAGGAUGGUCGAAGAUUAGGGUUCUCAGGGAAGCAAGCUAUUCAUCCUGCGCAAGUCGAAACCAUACAGAACACGUUUGUACCUACUGCUGAAGAAAUUCUCCGUGCAGCAAAGAUCCUCCGUGGCAUGCAGGUUGCACAUGCAUCCCAGAAAGGCGCCAUUGGUUUGGAUGGUGAAAUGAUCGAUGCACCGAUGAUCAAGCAGGCCACAAAGAUCGUCGAGAUAGCGAAAGAAGCAGGGAUCGAAAUACCCCAAAUCAACUAA